AUGGCUGGCUCACAAAGUGGAAGACCUCGGGUCUACUUCGACAUUGAGAUUGCGGGAAGGAAAGAAGGCCGUGUCGUAUUUGAGCUGUUCAGUGAUGUCGUACCCAAGACAGCAGAAAACUUCCGCGCGCUAUGUACUGGUGAAAAGGGGGUUGGCAAGGCGGGCAAGCCUUUGAGCUACAAAGGUUCAAUCUUUCACCGUGUCAUAAAGUCUUUCAUGAUUCAAGGUGGUGAUUUCACAAAUUUCAAUGGCACCGGAGGAGAGUCCAUCUACGGCGAAAAGUUUGAUGACGAGAACUUCGAGUUGAAGCAUGACCGACCAUUCCUGUUGUCCAUGGCCAACUCUGGUCCAGGCACCAAUGGCUCGCAAUUCUUCAUCACCACCGUUCCUACUCCGCAUUUAGACGGAAAGCAUGUCGUUUUCGGCGAGGUUAUCAACGGCAAGAAUAUCAUCCGAAAGAUCGAGAAUCUCCCAACACAAUCAGACAAACCUACCGGGGGCGAUGUGGUCGUGGUCGACUGUGGACAACUAGAAGGUGACACCUAUGAAACUGCCACCCAGAAAGCUCCCGAUGCCACUGGAGACCCGUACGAAGAUUUCCCUGAGGAUCAAGGCCAGGACUUGAAAGGUGAAGAUUACUACAAGAUCGCGCUAGACCUCAAAGAAUUCGGCAACAAAGCGUUCAAAGCAGGGGAUAUCGAAACCGGCAUUGAAAAGUACCAGAAGGCAUUGAGAUACCUGAACGAGUACCCUGCAGCCGCCGAAAAUGACCCCAAGGACCUUCAGAGCAACAUUGACCAGCUCCGAUUCACUCUACACAGCAACUCAGCACUUCUGGCUAACAAGUCUAAACGAUAUGCCGAAGCGCAGAAAUGGGCCACAUUUGCCAUCGAUGCCAUCCCCAAGGACGCCAAGGACACCGACAAAGCGAAAGCCUACUUCCGACGUGGACAGGCUCGAGUUGCGCUGAAAGACCUGGAAGAAGCUCUCAAAGAUUUUGAGCAAGCAGCAAAGCUGGCUCCCGAGGAUGCUGGCAUCAAGGCCGAAUUGGCAAAGACGAAGAAAAAUCUUCAAGACAGUAUCAAGAAAGAAAAGAAUGCCUACAAGAAAUUCUUCAGCUGA